GUCCUGCGAUCCCUGCAUAAUUCAGGUGGGCCGUAAGUGGUAAUUUCACUACAGUUAAAGGCGUGUUUUUAUGCCUUAUACCUUUUGUAUAGUUACGAAAAUUGUCAAAUUUAUUUCAAAGGAUUAAGGAACUGAUGUUGAGGAUAGACUAAAAUUAAAUGUUUAAUAAUCUAUGAUUAAGACAGAGUACCUCUGUAACUGUUAUGACAAGAAGGUGGUUCUUGAAAUAUGGUUCUGCCAAAAUGAACAUCUUCAAGCUGAGGGGUCUCCAUUACAGGCACCUCUCUACUAUCACCUAUACUCCUCCACACCUUUCUCUCCUAGCCGACCAAUGCACUUCAAUUCACCAACUCAAACAAAUCCAUGCCCAAAUGAUCACCACAGCCCGUAUCCACGACAAUUUUGCCGCCAGUCGCUUACUAUCCUUCUGUGCUCUCUCAGAAUCAGGCAGUCUUUCUUAUGCCUUAAGACUUUUCGACAGUAUCAAUGAACCCAAUUCAUUCAUGUGGAACACUCUCAUUAGAGCUCAAGCUGGUAACUCAAAUCCUCAACAAGCUUUGUUUCUUUAUGUAAAGAUGCGAAGGCUUUGUGUUACUCCUGGUAAACAUACAUUCCCUUUUGUACUUAAAGCUUGUUCGAAUGUAAUGUGUGUUUAUGUUAGUAGACAAGUGCAUUGUCAUGCUAUUAGAUAUGGGUUGGAUUCAGAUUUGCAUGUUGGUAAUGGUUUGAUCAGGGCGUAUACUGUUUGUCGUGUGUUAGAGGAUGCACGAAAGGUGUUUGAUGAAAUCCCUGAGAGAAAUUUGAGUAUUUGGACGACGAUGAUUUGUGGGUUUGCUCAGAAUGAUAAAUAUAGUGACGCUAUUGGGUUGUUUGAGCGUAUGGUUGGGGAUGGAAUGGCGCCCAAUGGAGCUACAUUGGCUUCGGUGUUGUCAGCUUGUGCCCAGUCGGGUAGUUUGCAAUUAGGAGAACAGAUUCGCGUAUAUAUGGAAGAAAACGGGAUAGAAUUAGGAGUGAUUCUUGGCACGGCGUUGGUGAACAUGUAUGCAAAGAACGGUGCUAUAGUCGAAGCAGAGAAGUGUUUUAGUGGUAUGAGAGAAAGGAACAUCGCGACUUGGAACGCGAUGAUUUGUGGGUUAGCUGCUCAUGGACAUGCAAAAGAAGCAAUUAACUUCUUUAAGAAGCUAAAACAAGAAAAAGUGAAGCCAAAUGACAUUACAUUGGUUGGGGUUCUAUCAGCAUGCUGCCAUGCUGGAUUGUUUGAUUAUGGGGAAGAAAUAUUUCACUCCAUGGAAGAGUUGUACGGUAUAGAGCCUAAGAUUGAGCAUUAUGGAUGCAUGGUUGACAUUCUUGGGCGUAAUGGGAAACUGAUAGAAGCUGAGGAGAUCAUAAGAGGAAUGAUUUGGAAGGCUGACGUGGUUAUCUGGGGAUCCUUAUUAAAUGCAUGUCAGAGCCAUGGAGACAUAGAUAUUGCAGAACGAGUUGUGAAAGAAAUUCUGCUUUUGAAUCCAAAUAGUCAUGGAGUUUAUGUUGUCUUAUCUAAUAUGUAUGCAGAGACUGGAAGAUGGGAGGAUGUGGUAAAAUUAAGGAAGCAGAUGAAGCAAGGAAGCUUAAAGAAAACGCCUGGUUGGAGCCUUGUCAAUGCUACAUGACUUUGCUAUCAUUAUUUGUAAAAUCUUUGUCAUCAACGAUCACGAGGAAGAUUUUAAUUUCUUUUAAGGAGAUCACACUUUCAAAUUUCAUGACAAUUGCAUUUCGAGACGUGAAUGCAAUCUCAUUUUUGAGAAAUAAAUCCAUCGGACUUGUUUCUUUAGGUGGACA